UUAGCAUUUUCUAUUUUGAGCUGCAAAUCUGAUUUCGUGAAAAAAAAAAGAAAAAAGAAUCACCGCGGAAGGAAGAGUAUGAGUGAGGGGAGUAGGAGGAAGAAGAGUGUGAAGGGAGGAGGCGCACCGGCGCAAACAAAUCCGGAUGAUCGGAGAUCUACUACUAAUCCGGAAGAUGAAGCGGCGGGGAAACGAGGAGCUGUAAUAAAGAGUGCGGACAUGAAAGAGGAUAUGCAGAAGGAAGCUAUCCACAUCGCUAUCACCGCAUUUGAGAAGUACAGUGUGGAGAAGGAGGUAGCUGAGAAUAUUAAGAAGGAGUUUGACAAGAUUCAUGGUCCUACUUGGCACUGCAUCGUUGGCCGCAACUUUGGUUCAUAUGUAACACACGAGACCAACCAUUUCGUUUACUUCUACCUCGACCAAAAAGCUGUUCUUCUCUUCAAGUCUGGUUAAACAAUUGAAAUGACCCAAGAUAGCUCAUCGUUGCAAAAGAUAUUUUGUUAUGUUCAAUCCGCAUGUGUUAAACAGGUUUGGAUAAUAAACCUUGGCUUAAAGUGUCUUCCAGGUACAUGUCAUGCAUCUACAAAAACAUUACAUAACAGAGGUAACAACGUUUAUGCAAAUUUCAUUUAUGUAAUUCGAAGAGCAUUUUCUUUA